UUCAAUAUCUAAUAUUUUCGUUAAGACAAUCAAAUUACUAAGUAUGAACUUUUGUAUUCAAAUUAAGUAUUUGAAAGUUGAAGCAAUUAGUGGAGUGAGGACAGUAAACGGCCAUUCUAACAUAUUUAAUAAUAUUUGGCUUUAUUUUAUACUUAAACUUCACUUUACAUAUCUCAUUAAGAGACUGAUAUGGUCUAUUUAGGGAAACGAUUUGUGAUUGAAGCCUUCAUAAUCAAUUUAGUGCUAUUUAAAGUUUACGAAAAUGCUCGAAUAUAAAUAGCAACUCGAAACAGCAAUUCGACAUCAGUCAAGCACUGCACUCAAACAGAAUUAGUGAACACUUAAAGUUCAGCAACCGAGUUUUAAAUAUAAUAAAUCUAAAAAAAUGCAAAUCCUCUCGUGUAUCGCCUUCACCGCUGCCGCACUCUUUGGCGUCGCUUGCGCAGGAUAUAUUCCACACGGACACGCUUCCAGUUACGCCUCGGUUCUUCAACACACUGACGGACACUAUGGUUAUGGCAGCCACGACAACUCUCUGCACUAUGCUGGACACGGCUAUGCUCACCACGACCACCACUACGAGCACCACGAACCCCACCAUUAUCCCAAGUACACUUUCGAGUAUGGCGUAAAGGACGCACAUACUGGUGAUCAUAAGAGCCAAUGGGAGCACCGUGACGGUGAUCAUGUCAAGGGAGGAUAUACCUUGGAGGAAGCUGAUGGCACCACACGCGUUGUAGAGUACACCGCCGAUGAUCACAACGGCUUCAACGCUGUUGUCAAGAAAAUCGGUCAUGCCCACCAUCCUCAGGCAUAUCAUCAUGGCGCUUAUAACAGCCACUACUGAAAUAUUUGAUAUCUCUUAAGGAAAGCACCAACGAAUUCAGACCCACUCGAUUAUAGUACCAAUAAUUGUUAUAUCUUUGAAAUAAAUCAAUUUUGAAUAAAUGUUGAUUUUAAAGCAAAAAUGUUUAGUUUUCAUGUUUCACUUCUCUUGAUAUGAUAUUGGUACAGGGUUCAAUUAGGAGGUAAUAACUAUAUGACAAUGAAAUUUCGCAACUAAAUAGGAUAAUCCCUCUGUACUCAAUUCUUAAGUAGUCUUCAAGACCUUCCAUCACUAAACACGCCAAUCAAAUCCAGCGACAUUAAAAACUCUGAAAUAAAUGUGCUGUACGUAAGUAUGUAUACAUAUUUGCUUGUUAAUACCAAAGACCUCGCUGACAUCACUUCAGAGCUUAGUUAUGCCUGAAUGGGAUCACUAAAUUAUGGUCGGGAUGAAAAUAAAUCUUAACGAAGAAAUUCCAUUUAAUAAAAACGUGUGUGAGAAAUCGUCGCCUGGCAAAUAUAAAAGCUGAGUUAGACAGACGCUUUUCACUUUACAUACUUAGAUAUCUUUCAAAACCCAAAAUAUUUAUU